AUGAGUUUCGCACAAUCGAUAUCACGAUGGGCCUCUGUCCUGGUUCUGCUAUGUUUGGACUUAGCGCAGGCUCACACUGUCAUCACAUACCCUGGGUAUCGAGGAAACAACCUCCAUACCAACGGCACCAUUGCGCAAGCUCAUGGUCUCGGUGUUGCCUACGAUGUGAAAAAUGGCUCAUACAUCUACCCAUACGGCAUGGAAUGGAUUUAUCCCUGUGGUGGCAUGCCUCAAUCAACUAAUCGAACCAAGUGGCCCGUCAGCGGUGGUGCAGUCGCCUUCCAGCCGGGUUGGUUCCCAGGCCACCAGACUGCCUUGAUCUACAUCAAUCUCGGAUUUGGCGAGCUCCCUGAAAACAUGAGCCACCCAGUCGUUUCGCCAUUCCAGAUCGUCGGGCCAACUAAUAACCCUUACCCGGGUACUGUGUGUCUGCCCCAGGUUCCAUUGCCGGCCAAUAUCAGUGUCAGUCCUGGAGAUUACGCCACCAUUCAAGUGGUCGAAACAGCCAAGCACGGUGCUUCGUUAUUCAACUGCGUGGACAUCGAGUUUGCCGAAGACGGUGAUCCAUCUGUGGAGGCUGUGACUCGUGACAAUUGCUUCAAUUCGUCUGAAAUCACUUUUGAGUACAUGUACACUACCAGAUCCAUAGGCUCGGGUGCGGCGAUCCUACAACCCCCGAAACUGUCCGCGGCGGCCAUCGCCCCGCUAUUGCUGGCCCUCGCUUUUGGUAUGUACAUGUAG